AUUAGCUAAACUAAUGCAUUAAAACUACACAAUUUUGGCGACAAACAAUGCAAUAUAAACAUAUAGGCUUGACUCCUUCUUAUCUAUUCGAAUUCACUCUAGCGUUUCUAGUUUAACAUAUUUCUCCGUUUACGAACUUUGACCUAUAUGAAAGCUGCAUUAGAAUUUAGGGUUCAUUUUAUUAGAGUUAUGAGAUUUGGUGUGUCAUCGACAUAUUUUUCUUACAAGUGCAAUGAUUGGGACGAACGAAAUUUGAGACGCAGAGCAGCGCAGAGUAGUACCAUACUUAGCGGUAAGUUCUUAUCGAUUAAAAAAGAAGCAGUAUGGGAUGUUUUGUACACGCAGAAGAACUUCACGUUGUAUUUUAGAGAAUUGGGGCAAAAACAAAUUAAAGCUCUAAAGUAA